CUCAUGGCUGCUGCUGCGUGUGCCGGCGGCGGUGGCUCCACCGGGCGAGACCCGCCGCCGACCUCGCCGCCCCCUCCGCGGAUCCCGGCUUCACCUCCGGGCGGGAGCGGCCGUCAGGGCGGCAGCCGGAGCGGGCGAGCGAUGCGGGGCGGCGGCGAGCGGCCGCAGCGAACGCAGGGACAUGAAGAAAGAGCGAGGAGCGAUCCGGAGGAGCAGCAGCUGCCCUAGCCACCACGGUGCCAGCGGCCGCAGCAAGCGCCGUCCUCCAUUUUGACUGGGCGGAGGAGGAGGGUGGGAAGGGGGAGUCG